AUGAUGAUGAUGACAGAAGACGCAGAGGCGCAAGUCAUGCCGCCUCAAUUGUAUAAGGGUUCCAGUACUAAACUUUCUGAGCCUGUUGGGGAGAAAGAACCCUUUGCAGAUGCGACUCAACAGUUAACUUCCAUGACACUAAGGGAAGUGAUUGAUGUGCAAGAGGAGACGAUAAGAGCCAUUGAUCGGGCAGAACGUGCGAUGAAUACUGCGGAGAACUUAGGCGGGAAGACUAAAGAGCAGUUGGCACAGGAUACAGUCAUAAUUGAAGUAAUAGAUACUACAUUGGCAGAGAAUGAGUCCAUGCUGCGUCGGGCUAAACGUGAUAUAAAUUGGUUUCGUGUACAGUUGCAGAAAGAUAAACUGUUCCUCUGUCUUUUUGUGGUUGCAGCUACACUUUCUGUGGCUGCUAUUAUAGUGGGCGUUGUCUACAAACGGAGGAGAUAG